UGUGGGGCCAGUAGGGUGAGCAUCUUUUCCCCCGGGUCCAUGGGCCCCUCUGACCCACCACUUGUGUUUGUCGCUGAUGUUGAACGUCUUGUUGUCCCGGCGCUAGGACCCAGCACACGUGAGCGCCUGUAGUGAUCCAGAGGGUGGAGCCGGUGAACAAUGACUGGUAGGACCAGCAGAUGCAGAACAUCUGAACCCGCUUCCCCGCCUCUCGAGCCCCGCUGGACGAACGGACGGACGGACCGGGGCGGACCGACGGCCGCAGACGACCCGGACUCAACCUGAAGGUUUGUUCAGAGAUCCGAGCCUCGGCGGUGUGAAUGAAUGGGCUCCUCUCCGCGUCUCCUGCGUGUGGAAGUGGAAGUGGGUCAUGCGGACCACCGGAGGAGCGGGAGAUAAACACGCAGCCUCCCGCAGCUGCUUGGUCGGUUAACGGCUCCCACAUCCCGCUUCUCACGCUCCACAUGUGGCUCUGAUUCCUCCGAACAAAGUCUCAAACUGACGGACAAAACUGGGACUUCAACUUCUCUGUUCUGGAGAAAUAUUUUUGCUAUUUGAAAGCGAAGAUUCGGUUAGUCGGUUCCGAGCAGAUGCAGGACCAUGGAGGAGAGAGGCAGGUCGCCAGCAGCGUGCCGCAGAGCGUCAUGGCGAGCCUGUCUCUCUCCCCCUCCGGGCCGGGGCGAGCGGGCAGCGGCGGGGGGUCGCCCACGUCCAAACCGAGCUACUGCGGAGCGGUUCCGGUGGAGGACAUGCAGGCGCUGGCCAUCACCUCGCUGUCCGCCGCGGACGUAGCCAAGCAGUACGAACACAUCCGGGAGCUGGGGAAGGGAACGUACGGCAAGGUGGACCUGGUGGCUCACCGCACGCAGGGCACCAAAAUGGCGCUCAAGUUUGUGACGAAGAACAAGACGAAGCUGAAGAGUUUCCUGCGGGAGUUCAGCCUGACGGGUUCUCUGAGCUGCAGCCCGUUCAUCAUCAAAGUCCUCGACGUUCUGUUCGAGACGGAGGACAGCUACGUGUUCGGGCAGGAGUACGCCCCCGCCGGCGACCUUUUCGACAUCAUACCGCCGCAGGUCGGCCUGCCGGAGGAAAUGGUGAAGCGCUGCAUGCAGCAGCUCGGUUUGGCUCUGGACUUCAUGCACAGUAAAAACCUGGUGCAUCGGGACGUCAAACCCGAAAACGUGCUUCUGUUCGACCGUGAGUGCCGCCGCAUCAAGCUGGCUGACUUCGGCAUGACGCGGCGCGUCGGCUGCCGGGUGAAGCGGGUGAGCGGCACCAUCCCCUACACGGCACCGGAGGUCUGCCGUGCCAACCGCGCCGAGGGCUUCCUGGUCACCACUAGCAUGGACGUGUGGGCAUUCGGCGUGCUGGUCUUCUGCAUGCUGACGGGGAACUUCCCCUGGGAGGCCGCCAUGCCGGCCGAUGCCUUCUAUGAGGAGUUCCGGCGCUGGCAGAAAGCGGGUUGCCCCGCCGGGACCUACCCGUCCCAGUGGCGCCGCUUCACUGACGACGCCCUGCGCAUGUUCCAGAGGCUGCUGGCCGCCGAGCCGGAGAAGCGCUGCGGUGUCAAGGACAUCUUCUGCUUCAUCAAGUACGAGCUGGUGAGCGAGCUGCGGCGCCGGGCGUCCUACCGAGCCAAACGGGGAGAGAGGUCCAGCUCCGGAGUGUGCACCGGCAGCUGCACCGCGUCGUCUUCGCGUUCCUCCAUCAGACACCCGGAGCCGUCCACGCCGCCGGGAACGUCCUGCCUCCGCCCGGCGCCGCUCAAACGCAGCGUCCUGUCCGACCCGCUGUCUCCCAGAGAGGAGGCCGGGCAGCACCAGGCCCCGGGCCGAGACAAGAACAAGAGCCAGAUGGUCAUGGCGACCGCCAUCGAAAUCUGCGUUUGAGCGCACUGACGACUCGUAGUUCCGACGGCGUAAAGCAGCCAUUUUAGAUAAAAA